AUGUCCGCCGCUGAAGAGGAAAAUAUCGCUGAAUCCGGCGACGAUCUCUUGGUCGACGACCUUCCCGAAGGACUACUCGAUGACCUCGCGAGCUCCCCUGACCACCCUGCUGCGAAGAAGCCCUGCAUGGACCCCGGUGCUGGCCCUGCUAGCUUCAACUCCCCCUCCACCUCCUCCGACUCGGCGCUGGCGCAGCCCGCGCCGUCUCCUGUGCUCCUCGCUGCCGCUGCUGCUCCCACGUUGACUCAGCAAGGCCAUGCGCCCUCUCUAGCAGCAACAGCUGCCGCCCCCAACGCCCCGGUUCUCCGCGCUGCUGCCUACGCAACGGCCGCCUCCGGCGCUAACCCGGCUCCCGCGCUGCCCGCCUCGCUCUUUGCCUCAUCCGCGCCCGGCGGACCCCCCCGCAACCUCCGCCGUGCGCGCACCUCCGCAGCCACCCCGAUGCUCCUUCCCCUUCGCCGCCGCGUGGUAGUCACGCUCCUCCUCCCGGAGGCCGUGUUGGAGUCGCACCGCACGGAAAUCCUCGCCGAAAUCAACGCGCAGCUGUGCGGCUUCAUGUUCGAUUCGGGCAUCAUCCCCCCCUUCGAGCACACUGUCGGCGACUCCCUCCGCGUGGCCCGCCACGUGUACGGCCGCCUGCUGUUCUCUUGGCCGUCGCAGGAAGACGCGGCUGUUUUUCGCAAGCUUUUUCCUCUCAUGCUGAAAAUCUCCAACUCCCGCCCCGUCAUGUUGAAGGUCUUUGUUGAUUGGUAUGAAGCUUUUACCGCGGCAAAGGCAGCCGGCGCUCCUACCCUGUCUAUCCGAAACGUCCCCCUGGAGAUCGAUCCGGAGGAGAUCCGCGCCUUCCUCCUCGGGUCCACCGAGGAGGAUGGUUCGCAUUGGCUCGCGGAUCUGACUGACUUUCACCGCGCUUCCGACCCCUACGAGAACACCUUUUUCACUCACCUCGCAGGACUCCCGGUCGCCACCCCCGAUGACCCGAAUUUCGAACGAAUCCCGUCCGAAUUCCUGCUGGAGGAGAACAAGCCAACUAUGCUGCUCAAUUUCUCCUGCCACGUGUGCACGCUGUGCGGUAACAACCACCGCGCACCGGACCACGAGACUUUCGCUGCCCGCCGCCGAGGACGCCUCACGAACAAGAACACCAUCUCAAUCGCUCAGCUGCAGCAGGCAAACGCCCCCCACCCCCCGGCCCCCCAUGUUGUGGGGCUCCCACUCAACCCCUUUUCCCCCCCACGCCACCCCCCCCUCCCUGCUCUUUCCAACACAUGCAGGCAAGCCCCCGCCCAAGGACGCUCAGCCCCUGUCACCUCUGUACCCUCCUCUCCCCCCCCUACAGUCGGGCCUCCGCCCACCCUCACGACUCCCCCAUCUUCCCACACCCCCCACGCAAUCUCCGCAUCGCGAAAUCUCUUUCUCACCCAUGAUCCCCCACCCCCUGCCCCUACCCACGUCAACCCCACCCCCCACUACACUCCCGCCCCUUCCCCCUCGGAGGACAGUACCCCGCCCUCCCACAAGCUCGCCCCCCACCCGCACCCCCCUCCCACUAGCAGACUGGACCCUCCUACGGUACCCCCCUCUCUGCCCCCUCCCGACACUCCUCCCACGAUCUCUCCAGAGGGCGGGCCCCCUGCCCAACCUUAUGCUGGCAUGGAGACGCUCCUCUCCCCCUGCCCUAUCCCCCCCUUUUCAACCAGCACCCCUCUCUGCUCCCCCGACCCCCCGACUUCCCCCCCCCACUUCCUCUCCCCCGAUUCCCCUCCUCCCCCCCCCUACCCUCAAUCUCGCCUUCCCCCCCCUCACUCUUUUCAACCCCCUCUUCACUUUCUUCACCCCCCACCCUCUCAGGAACCCAUCUGCAACCGCCCCCUGUGCUAUAACCGGGCUGCCCGAUCCCCACCGAGGCUCCCCCCCUCUGCCAACAGCCCUCUUCCCCCGGCCUCUCCCUCAUUGCUCUCGAGCAGGCCGAUCCAACCCCCUCUGGCUCCUUCUCCCCCCCCCGCCUGGGCCCCCGAACACCCCUGCCCCUCCCCCGCACCUCCCACCCCUCUCUGCACCUCCCUCCACCCGCAGCCAACCAGACCUCAUGGCAACUCUUUGGGCAAUCAUGCCGCGCCGACCGCCUUCGGCAACGACCCCAGCCUCCUCUACAUUGGGCUGGGCGAUUGGGUCGAAUAUUGGACCUGCGCUCUCUGCGACUUCACCUGCGGCGCUGCCCUCGACAGCGCCAUGGAGCAUAUCCAGUCCGACCUGCACGUCAACCGCGUGAAGGCCUCCGCUCACCGCCCGACUGCCAAGGAAGAAUUUGGCCCCUGGCGCGCACUCACCCUGCUGCAGCAGAAGGCCCCGGUGGCUGCCUUCCUUCGCGGUCGCCCUUAG